AUGGACUUCCCAGAGAGCGGUCCGUCAGGAUCGCAACCCUCGCCGUCUCGAUCGGAACGUCAGUCGUCAACUGCUACAGGCGCAGAAUAUAAUACAUCGGAUAAAGGCAAGCGGAAAGCAGACGGUUUGCACAGACCGAAGAAUCUACAAGCCUGCGAUAGGUGCCGACGGAAGAAAACCAAAUGUGAACCACUAGAGACUCGAAGGGACUUAUGUCAGAAUUGCAAUUACGCUUCACUGAAUUGCACUUUCGACUUACCGCUCACCGCAUCAAGAACCAAACGCGUACGAAACGGAAUAUAUCAGUCUCAUGGUGCAGUAUGGCCUGUGGAGGAUGAAAGAAGAAGUCCAAGAAGAACCGAAGUUGAGGAAGAUGAGAGGAUAUACUUCGAUCGCUCUGGCAGUGAGGGCGUACUCACUACACCCGUAACUAUACCUCGAGCUAGAAGUGUUUUGGGCUUGACACCCUUAAGGACGACUUCCACGAGAAGGGAAGGUUGCACCUCCCUAUCAUAUAUCCUCCACUCGACUCCCACCUUACCUAUAUCAUAUCUGUCUGAAUACGACGAUCUCCAUCAUCUUUCCAUGCAGGUCACUCCUGCCGAUUCAGGGAAUGGCUAUAUCUUAGUCACUGCUCCGAGCCGUCCGAUGCUACCAUCAGAACCACCUGCGCAUGUCAUAGAAGCGUUGAAUACCCCGAGCUGGACAGAAGUCGUCAACAGGCUAGUAGAAACAUACUUGGUACACAUUAGCCCCCUGAUCCCCGUUGUAACACGACAGGAUAUGCCUGAAGUGACCCAGACUCUUUGCCAUGCCAUGGCAGCUGUAGCUGCUGCGAGACGGAAUUGUCCCAAGGAAAUAUUUGAUUGUUUGAAUUAUAUCGUAACACAGGAGAUGUACGAGCAAGAUACCAUGAGCGAUCCGACCAGGCAGAAUGUUCAGACACUUCUGGUGACAUGCUUAGUAGAUGAAUUAGCGUUGCAGAGUAGCUCUGCAACUCCGACUAGUGUGUCACGUGCACGGUUGACGGCGGCCAUUAGACUUGCACAAGACUUAUCGAUGGAUCAAUCUGACACGAACACUUCUGAUUCGGAAGCAGACCGACGGAUAUGGCGAUGCGCGAUAGUUAUAGACCAAUGGAAUGCCGCCCGGACUGGCGCAAGACCGAUUAUCGCUUCAUCUGCUAUACCAAGGGAUACUUCGCGUGUCAUUGAAAACGGAAAUGCAGAUUUCUUUGGCAAUCUCUAUUCUCUUUCUGGCAUCUUAGCCAACAUACUCUCUAAAGUGUAUGGCCCAGAUGGAAUCAACAAAACUAGAAACGAAGAGAUCUAUGAUAUCAAGAAUGAUCUCUUGAAGUGGCAAGAGAAGAUACCAUACCCCCUAAGAUUCGAUGGUUCCAGAUCAAGUAUACCUGCAGGAAUUCUUCACCUAUUGUAUACGUCAAUCACGUUCCUCCUUUAUCGACCCUUCAUGCGUUGGUCUUUCAUCUGUCCUUCACAUAUCGACCUCUCGCUGGAUAUCCCUGUAUGGAUGGACUUGAACCCCGCCGCUCGUCACGCGCUGGAAUGGGCUACUAAUCAAGAUGAUCCUGCCGAUUUGCUAUUUUUCGGGCCGUACGCUCUGGGCUUAAUGAGCCUAGUUCAAUAUCAUUCUUAUGCUAGAAGGAGGGAAUGGGAUGGUGUCAUGAUCUUGGAAAAGUUUGAAAAGACAACAAACACGUGGAUUGAAGCUUGGGGAGAAGGUAGAAUGCCUUUACAGACAGCUCAUCUUCAAAUUGUAUCUCUGCUUCAUAGUUGCGCACAGAAAGCCGCUCAAGAUGGAACGACUUCGUUUGAUUCUGUCACUUCCCGUCGAGGACUGAAUCCUACCCCAGGAGUACUUAAUAGGUUACCCGAAGCAUUCGUUCAUGGCGUCACGUUUCUUCGGGACCCCGCACAUCCACAAGGAGGUGUUCUCGUAGCUACACAGAGGGCUGCUCAAGAGAUCAAAGACCUUCCUCCCGGGACAGUUAUUAUUGGUGGGCCACCUGUAGAAACAGGAGUCGUGCCUGGUGUAACAACAGUCGCAGGAACAGCCUCAGUGGGCAAUUUACCGUCUUUAAGCUACACUACUCUCCCGUCUUCAGCUGGAUUCGACGGGCAAAUCGCCAAUGAGACCAAUGAUGGGAGAAUCAGUAUGUCAACUCCUGAUUGGCAAGCCAUAGUAUCAAGCUUUAGUUAUCCAUUAGACACCGCACCUCAUGUGUUGAACGGCAAUUAG